GCAGACGGUGAUGAUGGUUGAACACGAAGAGGGGUUUGGGGAAGAUUGUUGAAGAUGAACAAAAAUGGCGUCAUUCCGUGGAUGAGGCAGCAAUGGCGGGGCAUAGUGAAAGUGCGUUUGAAAUGGGUGAAGAACCGAAGCCUCGACCACGUCAUCGACAAGGAAACCGAUCUCAAAGCGGCCUGUCUCCUGAAAGACGCUAUCAACCGCUCUUCCACCGCCUUCCUCACGGCGAAAUCCGUGGCAGACUGGCAGAAGCUCCUCGGCCUCACCGUCCCCGUCCUCCGCUUCCUCCGCCGCUAUCCCACCCUCUUCCAAGAGUUCCCGCACCCGCGCUGGCCCUCCCUCCCCUGCUUCCGCCUCACAGACACUGCACUUUUUCUCCACUCCCAGGAACUCGCACUCCACCAAGCUCACCAAAACAACGCCGUCGAACGCCUCUCCAAGCUCCUCAUGAUGACCCGCUCACGCGCCCUGUCGCUCUAUUCCCUCCACUCGCUCAAGUGGGACCUCGGCUUACCCGACUCCUUCGAGAAAACCCUCGUCCCCAACUUCCCUAACGACUUCCAGUUUGUCAAGUCCAACGGCGUCGUUUCGCUCAAACUAGCACGAUGGCCUGAGGAGUUCGCUGUGUCCGCGCUGCAACAGAAAAACGAGUGUGGGACCCACUACCGGGAAUUCAAGCGGGGACAAUCGGCGUUGGCUUUUCCGAUGAAGUUUCCCAGGGGUUACGGCGCGCAGAAGAAGGUGAGGACGUGGAUGGAGGAGUUUCAGAAGCUGCCUUAUGUUUCUCCCUAUGCUGAUUCCUCCAAGAUUGAUCCCAACAGCGAUUUGAUGGAGAAGCGCGUGGUUGGGGUUCUGCACGAGCUUUUGAGUUUAACUCUGCACAAGAAAACAAAGAGGAACUACUUGAGGAGCUUGAGGGAAGAGUUGAAUCUUCCGCACAAGUUUACCCGGAUUUUCACUCGGUAUCCCGGCAUUUUUUACCUCUCAUUGAAGUGUAAAACGACCACUAUUACUCUCAGGGAAGGUUACCAGAGUGGGAAACUGAUUGACCCCCACCCUCUUGUCCGACAUAGAGAUAAAUUCUACCGUGUCAUGCAGACGGGGCUUCUCUAUCGCGGGGAUGGGUCAUUGAAACACGACGGCAACAAUUCGUUGGUCGAGAAUGAUGAGCUAAGAAGUGAGGAAUCCGGAGAGGAAGAGGUUGAAACGAGUGAUGAAUUAUGUGAGGGUGAAUCGAGUGAUGAACUCUGCGAGGGUGAAGCGAGGGAAUAAAGUUUUUGGGUACUGAAUUAUUUUUGUAUGAUACGAGCAACGUGUAUUCUCUUCAAAGAUAAUUUAUUUACUCCUCCGGUUAGUAGCUCUGCUCCUUACUAACUUGUAACUAGCUUGAUUGCUUGGUUCUGUUAUUACGUAUCAGACUGUAAGGAACCUUUUUGAAAAAUUUUGAACUGUGAUAUCUGUCGUGCUAUUUUAUAGUUGUUCACAUA